AUGGCUCUGCCUCACAAUGUCCGAAGAGGCUUGACAACUUUCAGUGGAUCGCUGUUCAUUGAUAACAAAACGGGGGAUUGCGGAGCUGCCCAGAUCUACCCUCCAGGGCAUGAGGUGCUGUCCAGCCUGCCCCUCCAGAUGCUGCUAUUCUUCAAUGUCUUCUUCUUCCCAUUCUGGUGCCUGUCCGAGGGGAUAAUGCUGGCAUUAAAGUACGGCCUGUUGCCCUGUUACUACCAGUUCCUCCUUGUUGCUGCCUUCCUGAUUCUCACAGUAGCUGAAGGGUUACGCUUGUAUCUUGGAUACAUUGGAAAUCUGCAAGAAAAGGUCCCUGAACUGGCUGGAUUCCUGCUCCUGUCCUUCCUGAUACAGCUCCCCCUCCUGCUUUUCCUCCUCACGGAUGACCACAUCAUUCGGCUGCCCCUGGAGACAGCUGUGCAUAUCAUUUACCUGGGGUUUCUUGCCUCCGAGAUCACAACUGCCUUCUUUGCACUUAAAGUGAUGACAAGGCAGCUUGCUACACAGUUCUACCUGAAACAAUUUGAGGAUGCAGGCAGACCAUGGCAAUUGGGGCAUAGCAUGAACUGA